AUGAUGGCAUACUGCGUAUAUUUCUACUUGCUCUUCCUUGUAUGUCUCCCUCUGGCAACAGCACAAUCAUCAGGCCCAUGUUCGAGCAACCCUUGUUUCAAUGGUGGUACAUGUGCAGGGAACAACACUAAAUUCGUCUGCAGAUGCAGCUUGGGCUACACUGGGACUUAUUGCGAGAGGGAUGAACUGAUGAACAAGCUUCUCGGUGGUAUCGGUAUAGCCAGCCUGUGUGUUCUUUGGAUCCUCUUCCUGAUGCUCCUUUGCUACAUCAUCUGGAUGUGCCGCACUGUCAGUCGUCUCUUCUCUGACCUGGACGGUGACAGGAGAAUGAUGAUUCUCGAAAGGAAAGAGAAAGAUAUCCGCAGCGUACACUUCCGUCCUUAUGAAGAAGAACCAUAUUGUCCGCCCUUGCCCGCUGUUGUACCUACUAAGAUUCUGUCAGACAAGCAAACCGAAACAGAGAUGCCGAGUACAUCCACGAUAGUGGUGAGCAACAAGGAACCGAUAGAGAUAUUCACCAAUGAUGAGCUGGUAGAUGAAAUAAGGAAGAGACGUGAAGAAGAAAAUGUCAAGAAUGCUUUGGAGAAUAAGGCCUACGUCACUGAUGAAGAAUUGAUGGCAAGAAUUGGAGGCGUCCCUGUCUUUGAUAAACCAAACUGGAAGAUCGACCGACCAAGCUACAUAGAACAACGACCAUACAAAAUAUAGUGAACUGCUACAUAUAUCUUGCAGAAAUUGACGAUAUCGAAAUCUGCUUAUUUAUUUUACAAACCAAGAGUCCAUGACACUGAUUUACAUUCAAAAUCAUAAUUGAAAAUGUAACUGAGUAAUUGCAUCCUGAUGAAAUUUCUAUUUUCAUAAUCAGAUUCUGUAAGCUAUGUCGUAAUACAAUCAAUUGCAUAUUAUAUACUGUAAAUAUACAAUCAAUGACAUAUAUACUG